UUUUGUGCCAAAGGCUACACCGUGUGUCGACCGCACGCCAGUCGGUCACGCUGCGCCGUCCGACAAACGCGUGUUUCGCAAUGCCUUUCCGUCGUUUUCGUCCGAUUGGCCGUCCCGUCACGUACAACGUCGCCACAACGCCGUCGUAAAGUAAAAUCAUUAUAUCAUCCGUCGUCGCGAUACUUACUUACCAUUGCCGGCAGAUCACAAACCACAACACAGAAGGGAAGGAAUUUUUUUUUUUCUUUUUUAAUCAGUAUAAACACCCGCGACGGCCGUGACUUUUGAACUUGACUUUUUACUCCGAUUUUGCGAUGUCUUUCUGAUCGACGGGACGCAACUAUAUAUAUAUACGGCGGCGAACUCACAUGAAAUAAUAUAGACGACUGUCAUUUUUACUGGCGGUAAAAAAAAAAUGUCCAGUCGUCAUGAGUCGUUCACUGCAGAAUAUUGUACGGGUGAAACAGUCACACUGUACAGUCAACAACACCACACGAGAAUACAUCUACAAACUCACGCCCACGCAAACAAUCACAUUCCAUUAAAUCAAAAAGGAGAACCAAUUAAAUUGCCAGAUAACUUGGAGAGUUUGCCACGUGCUGAGCAUUUUCCUGUUCAAAGACAUCGCUGGAACACUAACGAGGAAAUAGCGGCAAUAUUAAUCAAUUUUGAAAGACACAGUGAAUGGCAGUCAAAAGAAGUAAAAAUAAGGCCCAAGAGUGGUUCAAUGUUAUUAUACAGCAGGAAGAAAGUGCGGUACAGACGUGAUGGAUAUUGUUGGAAAAAAAGAAAAGACGGCAAGACUACUCGCGAAGACCAUAUGAAGCUGAAAGUCCAAGGAACUGAGUGCAUUUAUGGGUGCUAUGUACAUUCAGCGAUACUUCCGACAUUUCACAGAAGAUGCUAUUGGUUAUUACAAAAUCCUGAUAUGGUAUUGGUGCACUAUUUGAAUGUACCGUAUCCGGACGACAACAAAUUGUCGGUGAUUUCGCCGAGCCUCGCGCUGUGGGCUGAUCGUAAAGAGUGGACGAAAGACGAAUUACUAUCUCAGUUGAAACCCAUGUUUUACGAGGAAGACCCUGACCUUAGCAACGAAAUGGAAGUAUCGACGGCCGAGUGCGUAGCCGCCAUGGUCACACAGCUGAUGGAGUGGCAGAAGAACGCCAGGGCGACGCUACUUAGCCGAACGCUUGAAUGCGGAUGUCCGGACUCGACGUGUGCGGAUGGACAAUCGUGUUCGCGCCCGAUCAGACGGAUUUCGCCGUCGGAUAGCAAUCAGGUGUCAUCUACAACUGGGAAUCGAUCGCGUCCCGGUACAAUGUUACUCACCAACCAUCACGUUAACUCGUCUAGGACCACGAUGAACACAUUAAUGAUCGCUAAUCACGCCAAUCAUAAGCAGGCACAAAGUGGGCCAACCUCCUUGAACACCACAAUGAACAACAACUUGUUGUCGAAUUCCACAAGGGAUUUUCGCAAUCAACCACAACAGCAGCAACCACAACAACAACAAAUAAUUCUCAAGCACGAUUGCAGAGAUAACAAUCAAAUAUUAAGCAACAGACAACCGCCAAUCAACGUGACGGACAAUAAUCAUAUACCUACUACAAUGAUUUCAUAUAAACCACAAGGUUCAGACGAAGUAAUUCACGUAUAUACCGAAAAGCAAACGUAUCACACUUCACAGAAUCAAGACGAGCACGCUGUACAUCUGUUCCACGGACAAGAUCACCUAAAACAACAGUCGGACCACGUGAAAUCGGAAUUCUAUGAUGUCACGUUAGAUUUGUCGCACGACGACAUACAACAGACGCUUUCAGCCAACAUGCCCGCUUCGUGUGCCAAUGCUGAUCAAUUGUUACGGUUGGAUGAUGACCAUAGUAAUAAAAAUCUAGACGGUACCGGAGACGAUGUAUUUGUAAGUCUCGAUGCGUUUGAUAUGCUUACUGACUUCCAAGAACUUGAUAUCCUAGAACAUGCUACGCAACAUGCUUCAAAUCUGGUUACAGAAAUAGGUACAAAUGCAGCGGAUAUGCAGCCACACGAGCAAACUCAAUUAGACAAUAUGGACGUACUACAAAUAACUGAUUACUGUCCAGAAUGGGCAUUUCCAGAGGGAGGUGUUAAGGUAUUAAUUACAGGUCCUUGGUUUUCUUCUUCGUCGUACACUGUUAUGUUUGAUACGAUCACAGUUCCGAGCACUUUGAUUCAAGGAGGUGUUUUACGAUGCUAUUGUCCAGCUCAUGAUAUAGGCACCGUCACAUUGCAAGUAGUCAUUGAUGGCAGGCCAGUAUCAACCACCGCUAUAUUUGAAUACCGUCAACACGAAUUCCCGCUAACUAUAUCCUCAUUAUCUAUGUCACAUACCCCUUCUCUACUCAAGUUUCAUUUGCUACAAAAACUCGACUCCAUCGAAGAUUACUUACAGUCAAACAAUCAACAAACAGAUCAACCAUUGAAGGAUAGUAUCGUUAUGUUUAGCAAACCCAACUUUGAAGAUCAGCUUGUAAAUUACUGUGAAAAAAUGAAACAGUUCUCAUGGAAAUCUGAAUCUGAAUACAACAUUAAGCAAUUAGAAACUGAAACCACUAUUUUGCAUAUGGCAGCAUUUUUGGGAUAUUCUAAACUUGUGUGUAUACUACUUCAAUGGAAAUUAGAAAAUGUAUCACUGUUUUUGGAAAUGGAAGUCAAUGUUUCAAAGCAAGAUCGUGAAGGAUAUACGCCUCUGAUGUGGGCUUGUAAAAAAGGACACAAAGAUACAGCGGUGUUACUGUGUCAGUGGUAUCAAACUGUUCAAAAUUCUAAUAAUAAUUUUAAUCAAGAUUACUCUCAACCCAAUAUAUUAGAAUCCGUUCAUCAGUAUUUUAACGAUUUCAAUCAAAAUCAGUAUUGCAACAGUGAAAAUUUAAGUAACGAUGUAUUUUUAAGGCCUGAUGGAAUCAAUAGUGACAAAACCUUGAAAGAAAUCAAUCAAACAACCAACGAAUCAAAUAAUCUAAUAGCACCGCCAAAUAAAUCUGUUACCAUGUUAUGUGCAAAAGGAGAAACCAACAAAUCGGAUAAAAAUGAAAUAAAACCACAAGAAACUCAAGGUUCAAAAAGACCAUUACCUAAUAGUUUUUUUCAGGCAGAUGACUAUUAUGAUCAAUUCUGUAAACCAUCGCUCUACUUCCCGUCUAUUCAAAAAUUUCAAAAGAGUUUGUUUCUUCCACUACAAUCCCCUACAUCGGAUAGCGGAAAUUCGUCGGAAAAAUCACCAGUAUUAUCAAAGUCUGAUUUUAUUAUUUGCAUGGUAACCGCGCUGGCCGAUGGACCGGCGGACGGAGCCGUGGGUAGUGAGAACGAUGGCAAUGGUAACUCGCGAUCCGAUGAACGUCAGAACGAUGAACGAAUCGAAGACGCUGUUCAAACACCCAAAGAUCCCGCUGAACACGGGGAGCAUGAUGUCCGUGUCUUAACAUUAGCUGAACAAUUCAUAGCAGCUAUGCCUGAACAUAUUAAGAAUGAAAACGGAUCACACGGUAAAAUUGUAGAAUCAUCAAUUAUUACAAUGGAAGUGCUUGACGAUCCUCCGUCAUCUGUGUCAUCGUGUUGUUUUGAUACCAACUCAGAAAUUAAUACAGAAUUCAACGAACACGUUUAUCAUUAUCGGCAAAAAGAUCGAGAAAUAGAAACACCCACGUCCAGUACCAGCUUAACCUUAAGUCCAGUGUCGAGUGCAUCACAAUGCUCACCUGCUUCACCGCCACCGACUGCUGCAGAUCUAUGUGAAUUUCUCCAUGCUUCAUCAAAUAACCAAUACUUUGAAAAGAAUUUUUCGAACCUUACACUGUCCGAUUAUGAACAACGCGAGUUAUAUGAGGCAGCCAAAACUAUUCAAAAGGCGUACAGGACGUAUAAAAAAAGAGAAGAAGACAAGGAAAUUUCAGCUGCUUCGAUUAUUCAAAACUAUUAUCGCCGUUACAAACAGUAUGCAUAUUACAAGCAGAUGACAAAAGCUGCGAUUCUAAUUCAAAAUAAGUAUCGUGUAUACAGAAGACAUAAGCGGUUUAAAAAAGAAGUUCCUCAUUACAUUAAUAACACGUUCACUGUCAUUAAAAAAAAUCAAAAUCAAAAACGCCAAAAUCAAGCAGCUCGAAAAAUUCAACAAUUUAUGAGACAGUCCAAGAAUGGUACGUCUCCUCCUGCCACAAUCAACGAACGAACUUUUGGAUCUCGUAAGCGGGAAGCUAACGGCAAUCACAAUAUGAAAUAUCCACCGACAAAAGUGGCACAGUACUCGACACUCAACCACCAUUGAUGUCUGACGUUUAACCGCCGUUUAUAUAUUAUUAUGAUAUGUUAUUGUAAAAUAUUAUGAUUAACCGCGUGUAGAGUCUUAGGCUUUAAUAUAUUAUGUAGUAGUUUCUUAUUGCCAACGUUUAAAUAUUGUUUAGUACCGACGUAUAUAGUUUUCUUCCGGACAGUAUUAUUAUAAAGACGUCGUGUGACGGGGGACUCGCCGGCAUGUUUAAAACAAAACACGUACCUAUUUUCACUGUUAUAUUAUGAGGUAUAGAUAGUCACUUUAAAGUUAUUAAAAUUGUACAUUAAUAAUAAUAGGUAUGUUAAAGACGUCCACGGUCGUUCGUCUUGGUCGCCCCACCCCCCGUAAUCCACGUACCAAGGUAUAUACCGCAAUCGCAUUGGUUGGUACCUAUAUACGAUAUUAUAAUACUAAAUAUAAUAUGCACAUAAUAUUCUGUUUGCGUACACCGCCUCAUUCGAUGUACUUCAUUUUACCGAUUUUAUAUUAUUAUAUUAAUAAUUGUCUAUUAUUACUACUAUUAUUAUAAUUAUUAUCAACCCGAUUUUAUUUUAAGUGUUUGACAUUUACGUCAUCACAUAAUAUUGUAAUAUUUUAUAUUAUUAUGUAGUUAUUUUUGUACACAUACAUAAACACACACACAUUGAUAUUUUAUGAACAUUUGACGAACUCGCGAAGGAUAAAAAAUAUAGAUGUUUUACCGGGGGCAUAGAUGAUUAUAUUGUUAAAUUAUAUUAUUAAUAUACCAUAAUAAUAUUAUAUUAUGUAAUAUGUAUUAUACAAAUGUA